AUGGUCGUGCUAGCAGCAAGUCAGCCUCGACGAACAUACUUGCUUUGGACACGGUUCUCCUACCCGACUGAACAUGGCCCCCAAGAUGCCUAUUCUGUUCCAAGCUGGGCUGCUAACCAGUUCAACUCAGCCUAUUCCAUCAUAGUCGGGCUACUAAUGGUCGAAGUCUGGACUAUCAUAAUUGCUCUAGCGUUGUUCCUCGUCUUUAAAUGGCAGAGGAGACAAAACAAGGGGAGUGUCCUACACCCUGUAGUCCCGAUUUUGUGGAACAACAGAGGAGCCAUCGAUGGAUCAUUCAUAGAGAUCUCCAAAUACAUCAAGAGAGAAAACGCUCGCCCAUGGGUCUUCUUUAUUUUGUUUCUAAUUAUGACAGCGUGGGUAGCGCAGACGGCUGUGGCCAUUAUUAUUCCCCCGAUGAUCAUUCUUAGCAACGCAGCUCCUGUUGAUCCGAAGACUGUGUAUACACCAUAUUCCGAUCCGCUAGACUUCUCCAAGAAAGAGGCAGCAUUUGCUUUGCAGGUUCCAGCGGCUCUUCGGGCGGCCGGUAACAGCGCGUUCCCGUCCGAUAUUCUCGACAAGAGAGUCAUGGUUAACACGGAGAAACUGGGUAGCAGCAGCAAUGGCGAGCAGAUACAGCGCACCAAUUACAGCUACAAUGUAACAGGGGUCGACUUUGGCCUACAAAAGUAUCCCGACCUCAAGCUAUACGUCACUGGUUCAUGCAUUACAGAUUAUGAGCAGCUCAACCACACCAGUUAUGAGACAGUAAACGAAAAAGUCGUCGCUGUUGACACGUAUAAGUUCUCCGAUGGUGGUAUUCAUGGUAAUGUCCGAGUUUCGCUCUUUAAUGGAAGGCCUCCCAUUGCUUUCUUCCUUGCUGGGGUUUUCACAAAGGGGACUCUUGACCAAAGCAAUAUCACAUGGUCCGCGAUUAUUUCCUCUAUCAACAGGACAAGCUUCAGUCCAAGCACUGAUCCUUGGUACCGCACCGAGCGCUUCCAAGACUCUGAUGUAGGUGCAGCAUACAUGGUGGUCCCGGGACGGCCGAUAUUGUCAUGCUGGGAAGACAAUACUUGGUCAUACAAAGGCUUCAACAGCACUGCCAGUGGGCUCAGCAGCGACCAUCUUCCUGGGUUAGAACUUUCUAAGGGUGUGCAAAAAAUAUUCGGUUUCAUAAACGGCUCAAUGGUUGGCGCCAUGGGCCAACAACUUGGAAGCUUUGCGUUACAGUCCGGAUUGAAGUCGCUCGGCUUCUACAGACCAAUCUUUGAUGCUGGCGCUAGCAGCAUCCAUAACGAUCUAAAUCGUCUCGUCCGUAUAGCCUUUGUCGCUACCUGCAGCUUGUUGAGCGAUUCCACGCUGUUUCCUAUCGAUGCCAGUGCAAAGACUGACAAUAUCAUCACGGCUCAAGACGAUCCCAGCGAUUUUGUUGUUUGGAGCUCUGACGUGACCGCGUUGUCGGUAAAACUUCUCAUCGCUUUCCCGAGUAUUCUAGUAGGAUCCUGGCUAUGUGCCAUUUUAUUGCUCUUCUUCACUCCCGUUCGACUGGUAAAGGGUCUUGAUUCCAGCAGCAUGUUUGCAUUCAUACAGAAGCAACACCCAACUUUUGGUCCAACGCCUCAUAAAGACGGCCGAGUAAAUUGGCAAGAACAUACAGGAGACUUCGAUACAGAACAGGCGAUCGAGACAAAACAUGCAGAGAAAAAGGACGGGGGGUCUACUUCCAUCUGUUGCGAAGAGAUAGCAACACCAACAGAAUGA